CUGGGAAGACAGGCCGAAGCCUCGCUGCACAAGACAAAGACCAGCUAGCUGCUCCGAUCCAUUGCUGUGGCCAACGAGAUAGGAAGGAAUUCAAGAACGAAGCAGGAUGUUUAGAGCUAGAGGCCUGCAACGCCUUCUCAAACCAGCUUCGUCGGGCUUCCUCGUCAAUGGCGGCUUCUUCUCCUCCUUGGCCGCCGACUCUCAGAGGUUAGCUGGAAAGGUAGCGGUGAUCACCGGCGGCGCGAGCGGGAUCGGGAAGGCGACGGCAGCUGAGUUUGUCAGGAACGGGGCGAGGGUCAUCAUCGCCGACGUCCAGGACGACCUCGGACACGCCGUAGCUACCGAGCUGGGCGCCGACGCCGUGCGAUACACCCGCUGCGACGUCACGGACGAGGCGCAGGUCGCCGCGGCCGUCGACCUCGCCGUCCAGCUCCACGGCCGCCUCGACGUGAUGUACAACAACGCGGGCAUCGGCGGCGACAUGGCGGCGUCCUCGCUGGGCGCCAUCGACCUGGCCGACUUCGACCGCGUCAUGGCCGUCAACGCCCGGGGCGUGCUGGCCGGCGUGAAGCACGCCGCGCGCGUCAUGGUGCCGCGCCGCACCGGCAGCAUCAUCUGCACCGCCAGCACCACCGCUGUGCUGGGCGACAUGGCCCCUACGCCCUACUGCGUCUCCAAGGUGGCGGUCGUUGGAAUCGUGCGCGCCGUGGCCGGACAGAUGGCGCGCUCCGGGGUGCGCGUCAACGCCAUCUCCCCGCACGCUAUCCCGACGCCGCUGGCGAUGGCUACUAUGGCGCAGUGGUUCCCCGAUAGGAGCGUCGAGGAGCAUCGGCGGAUCCUCGAGAGGGACAUGAACGAGAUGGCCGGGCCUGUGCUGGAGGCGGAGGACAUUGCCAGGGCGGCGGUUUACCUGGCGUCCGACGAGGCCAAGUACGUGAACGGACAGAAUCUGGUCGUCGACGGCGGGUACACGGUGAGCAAAGCGCUGAACAUGCCAGCCCCUGCAGCACGCUGAGGGGUCUCUCGUUCUGAACCCCACUAAGCCCUUGUUCGGUUUCUUGGAAGGAUUUCUCAGCCGGAGUGGUUCCUAGGAAUGGUUUGCUAAUUUGUAUAAUCUUGAUCAAGGCUGAAUGGUUUCGAGGUGUGGAAUAAAUAGCUCAUUUCAGGCUAGCCGAGCAAGGCCUAAAUA